AUGUCCGUCACCACUGCUGCUUCUGCCGCUGUUGCUUCUUCGAACAUUGUUUUCAAAUCAUUUUCUGUUCGAUCUCUUGAACUUAAUCUAUCAAGAGGUCGGGCUGCAUCUGAAAAAUUGGUUGCUCCAAUUACAUCUCUCACUGUAUCUUUUGGCUCCGAUAGCUGUCCUGCCAAACCAGCUCUAUCAUUGUUUUACGUGAAUGAACUUCCUCGUAUCUACAAGGCCAAUCCACAUCUUAAAUUUCAUACAAUUGAAUCUCCAGAUGCAAGCUGCUCUCUCAACUUCACUUAUACUACUUCUUUUUUAGAAAAAGCUAACAAUACGUCAGAUCAUGUCUCACCAAAAUCAAGCGAGACAAUUGAGUUGCGUCACUGUACCACUCCAGAAGAUAUUUUUACUAAUCUGGUGCGUCAAUUCAAGGCUAUAUCUGUUCGCACUGCUGAAAAACAACGCUAA